AACUACAUUACCCAGAAUGCGCAGCACCUGACGUAAAGUCGACGUGUGUUUAGUUGACGGACCACAAAAUUCCCAUUAGCGCGACACAGUUACCGGACGUAGUGGUCUUUUAAAGAAGAAUAUUUUUUGCUGAUACUUUGAUACAUUAAGUAAAUUUAGUUAUUCGUAUGUAACCAUGUCUGGAGAGCUGUCUAUGAUCGGUUCGGUCAUCCUGGCUCUGUUCCUGGCUGGUUACCUCGGACAGCAGUACUUACCUCCUCCUAAGCCCAAAGUGAUCGGCCUGGAUUUGGGCACCACGUUCUGCUCUGUGGGCGUCUUCCACCCGGGAACCGGGGAGGUGGAAGUGAUAGCGGAUGAGCAGGGGAGGCAGAGCAUCCCCAGCGUCGUGUCCUUCACCACCACAGAGGUGCUGGCCGGACACGAAGCUCUGGACCUGGCGGACAGCAACGCCCAGAACACCUUCUACGACGCCAAGAGGUUCAUUGGGAAGAUCUUCGAGCCGGGGCAGCUGGAACAGGAAAGCGCGCGGUACCCGUUCAAGGUCAUCAACAACAAUGGAAGUGCUGAGUUUGUGGUCUUCACCAACCGCUCCUUCACCGUGACCCCAGAGUUCAUCGGCUCCAGGCUGCUGCUGAAGAUGAAGAAGAUGGCUGAGCUCCAGCUGGGGGUCCCCAUCCAGAAGGCCGUCAUCUCAGUGCCUGCAGAGUUUGAUGAGAGGCAGAGGAACUACACCGAAAGAGCCGCCAACCUCGCAGGGUUGGAAAUCCUGCGUGUCAUCAACGAGCCCACAGCUGCAGCCAUGGCCUACGGCCUGCACAAAGUGGAUGUGUUCAAUGUCCUGGUGGUCGACCUUGGGGGCGGGACCUUGGACGUGUCACUGUUAAACAAACAAGGAGGCAUGUUCCUCACCAGGGCAAUGGCGGGAAAUAACAAGCUGGGGGGUCAAGACUUCAGCCAGAAGCUUCUCCAGUACACCACGGAGCGAGUCCGUCAGGAGUUCGGCGUGGUCCCCACCCUCAAAGAGGACAUCCAUCACCUCCGACAGGCGGUGGAAGCCGCCAAGCUCAACCUCACCCUCCAUCCCACUGCUACUAUCAGCACGCCGCUGUACCUUCACACCCAAACCUCUCCGGUUCUCUUCCGGACGGUGGUCACCCGCGAGCUCUUCGAGGAGCUCAACGAGGAGCUCUUCCAGAAGAUCCUGGCGCCGGUGAAGACUGUGUUGGCGGAGGGCCACCUGGAGAAGGAGGAGGUGGACGAGAUCGUGUUGGUCGGAGGCUCCACCAGGAUACCGCGGAUCCGGAAGAUCAUCAGCGAGUUCUUUGGGAAGGAGCCCAACACGUCGGUGGACCCGGACCUGGCUGUGGUGACGGGCGUGGCCAUUCAGGCCGGCAUCAUGGGCGGCUCCUGGCCGCUGCAAGUGAGCGCCGUGGAUAUCCCCAACAGACACCUGCGCAAGACGAACUUCAGCUAGUCCUAGGACGGUUCGGAUACUACCAGUGCCAAACUCCUAACAUGCACUUUACCUCCACAAAUAAUGAGACCAAUGCACAGCUGUCUGAGGAGCGCCCCCUGCUGGGCUGUGAGAGUGCAGCAUUUCUGUGUCAAUGACUAAUAAGGUUUGCAGCUGCUUUGGUGUUGAGCGAAUCAGAUUUGACACAACAGGAUGGCGUGCGAGCAUGUUUGGGGUCACAGAUAAUGAUCUGCUGCUCAUUGAGGGAACAGAUGCUCGCGUUUUGAGAAAGCCGCCGCACCUUCAUCUUUAUUUAUGUCUCAGUUUGUGUUUUUGCUAAAGUCUGGUGUUUGUGCCUUUUCUGAAUGCUGCUAAUUGUUUCAAAGGAGCUCACAGUGCAGCUUCAUAUCUGCAGGUUAUUCAUUACCUUGUAGAUUCUAAACUAGAAAGCAUCAGUUACACUCUGAGUUUUCUACAACGUUAACCCUCGUCCUGUCUUCUGCUGAGGUUCAGAUCAUUUUCUUGAUCCACAAACGAAGAAUUGAAAAGCCUUAAUGUUUACACUCUCUAGCAUCAUGGCUGAAAGGGAAACGAGUCCGAGAGGCAAUGCAGCUUCUUUUGUGGUUCAACAGACGGACCAAAGUGAUGCUUAGUAGUGCCUUGUGUGUUCUAAGGUGUAUAUACAAAAUAUAAAUAGAACUCAAUGUGAACUUGUUCCUGGCCUGCUUUCAUUUUAGUAGGCAGGUCAUCUUCCAUCCAUGUCCCAUCUUACAUUUCUCUCUGAGGCUCUGCAGCCCAGAUUUACCAGUUUACACUCAGAUAGUAGAAUGGUGUUUUAAAGGAAUAUUCUAUUUAUUUUAACUACUUCAGAAAAGCAGAAAAAAAGUUAAGAGUGAAACUAAACUGUAGCCAUCUGCUUUCCAUCCACUGAAAUAACGGGUACGAAAAUAUCCACUCCAUCUACCUUUUGAUCUGUUGGAACAGUGUUCCCAGUGGUAUUUUAUUUAAUUAUGCAGUUUUUUUGUUAUUUUUUUAGCUGAAAGUCAUUUUUUUUAGAACAGUUUCUGCAAGAGUUCAUUAGAAAGUGUUAGAGUUGUAAGCCUGCACUCAUUUCCCAUCAUCCCUGUAUUUAUUUUGUCUCCCGCUAGCUUACAGCUCCUCACAACCCCAAGCUAGCAUUAGCAGUGCAGAAAAAAUGGUGAGCACUCCUGCAGUAUCCAGUUUGAGCCAGAUGCAACUCAGACGAGGAAAACAAAGACGUUCAUGGGUGUAUUUGUUAAAACGUGCAUCAGAAGGGAGCGGAGCAGGGAACUUGUGGUCCGCAGAUGGUUUUUCAAACUGUAUCUUUUGUCUGCUCCCAAUUCACAAUUUAAAUACUCAGGAAAGCAGUUUUAAUCUUCAUUUUCUGCAUAAAUGUCCUCUGAGAAAACGACACCAAAAACAUAAUUAUGAGCCAAAAAUAAAAAAUCAGUCCGACUUCCACAAUUCUGCACAAACUAGUCCAGAUUCUUCAAAUUCUGAAGUGUUAAAGGAUUUCACAGUCUAAUCUGGGUUCAGAACCUUCUAGUGCAGCUAAAUGAAAGCUUGUUAUCCUCCAUUCUCACCUAAAACAGUCUGUGUGGUUUAUAAAGGGGCAGUUCUGUUUCAGGAGAAAGUUUGUAUUUUUUGUAGCAUCUCUCUGUUCUUGAGGGCUGGAGUUGAAAUCUUAACAACUGGUAACAAAAUGAGAAAAACAGUGAAAGUUAAAAGAUCAUAAGGUUUAAUAUUGACUUUGGAGGCACAGUAAUACUCAAAAAUCAAACAGCAGUCAGUGUCACUGUGAACCCGACAGCAUUCCUCUGUUAAAGCUCUAUUUUGCACAUUUAUUCCUCACGUUUCCUAACAUCAAAAUAAAAGCGAUGUGAAAAGAUUGACUGCUGCGUCUGAUUUGUAUCCAACGACCAUAUUGUUCAUUUGGCGUGCUAGAGCUUCUCAAAUAUAAUACAUACACACGGCACAAUAAACAUCACAGCAUGCAAUAUACAAAAAA